AUGUACACGCCCUGGUUCAGCGGGUUCAGGGCCGAGUUGUGCGACGUUUCUGCAGGCGGUGAUCGCGUCGACCAGCUCAAACACCCACGAACACCCACGGUUCUAUCUUCUGUUGCCGAUGAUGCCCGUCGAUGGACCAUCCGCCGCCGCUGGAAACGGCUACGAAGAACGACGCGUAAUAAUUGUCAACUAUCGCUGUGCUGGAUGGAAGCACGAACAGCGUGUGAGACGUAG